GGGCCUCCUUAACAGCUGUCCUGCCGGCGUCGCCAGCUGCCCAGCCAGUUCCUGUCCCUUUCGGAGCCCGCGCUCACCCCGCCUGACGCUCGGAGUCAAUCCCUGCCGGGCGUCAGGCCCGCCGCUGGAGGAAUGGAGUUCGCGGAGAUGAUCCGCACCGGUCAGGCCCAAGCCGAGCUCCUGCGGGGUCCGGAGGAGCCCCCACUGCGUGGCACGCUUUGCAUCACCGGCCACCACCUGCUGCUGUCGCCAGGGCCCCAGGCGACUCCAGACCUGUGGCUGCUGCUGUUGCGUAACGUUGACUCCAUCGAGAAGCGGGUCGCGGGUGACUCGGGCACCAUCACGCUGCGCUGUAAGGACCUGCGAGUGUUGCAGCUGGACAUAGAGGGCGUGGAGGCGACGCUGGACAUUGCCCGCUCCAUCGAGGCGCUGUCCUCCCUGGAAUCGGUCAUCACCUCCUUUCCGUUCUUCUACCGUCCCAAAGGUUUGAGGUUAGGCGACGCCUGGCACUUCCACCCUCCCGAAUGCUACUACAAGCGAGUAGCUCGCGAGACCAACGCGUGGCGGCUGAGCGAGGCGAACGAGGACUUCAGCUUGUGCCCCAGUUACCCCCGCGCCGUGAUCGUGCCUCGCGCCGUGGACGAUAGUGCCGUGGCGCGUAGCGCCCGCUUCCGCCAAGGAGGCCGCUUCCCUGUGCUCAGCUACUACCACGCUCCCAGCGGAACCGUGCUGCUACGUGCCGGUCAGCCCCUGACUGGGCCCCAGAAGCGGCGUUGCUCUGAGGACGAGGAGCUGCUGAGAGCUGUGCUGGCGGGGGCUCAGCCCGGGGCCCGGGGCUUCAUCGUGGACACGCGCUCGCCCCAGGCCGCCAAACAGGCCCGCAUGACUGGCGGGGGCACCGAGGCCAAGGCUGCCUACCCUGGCUGGAAACGACUGCACCGGCCCCUGGAGAGGGGGCGGCCCCUACAGGAGAGCUUUGUGCGCCUGGUAGAGGCCUGCGGGGACCUGGAGCAGAGCAUGGACCGCUGGCUUAAUCGACUGGAGAGCUGCCGCUGGCUGUCACAUGUGAAGGAGACUCUGAGCACCGCCUGCCUAGCAGCCCAGAGCAUGGAACAGGAAGGGGCCUGCAUCCUGGUACAUGGGGCUGAAGGCACGGACAGCACCCUGCUCAUCACUUCACUGGCCCAACUCAUCCUAGACCCCUUGAGCCGAACCAUGGCUGGAUUCCAGGAACUAAUAGAGCGAGAAUGGGUCCAGGCUGGCCACCCCUUCCAGCUGCGCUGUGCUCACUCAGCCUUCUCCCACGCCCGCCCCAAACACGAGGCCCCCACCUUUCUUCUAUUCCUGGACUGCGUGUGGCAGCUGGGCCGCCAGUUCCCGCUGUCGCUGGAGUUUGGGGAGGGGAUGCUAUUGGCGCUGUUUGAUCAUGCCUAUGCCUCCCCUUUUGGCACCUUCCUGUGCAACAAUGAAAAGGAGAGAUGCCUGUGUGAAGUGAGAACUCGAACACACUCCCUGUGGUCUGGGCUCAGUCAGUCAAAAGAGCAACGAAAGCUCCGGAACCCGCUCUACGUCCCCAACCCCCUGGCUAUCUGGCCCUCGGUGGAGCCCCAGAGCCUGCGACUGUGGCAAGGCCUGUUUCUGCGCGGGACCCGUCCGCCUGAGCCUUCAGAGGUAGCGUGGGAGAAAGUGUGGCAAAUAGUGACAGAUCAGAAGACAGAAGGCUCUCAGCCAACAGAUUCAGCCUCUGAGCCUGGACCCUAAGUACUGGUCCUUAGAUGGUGGUUGAGAUGUUCCUGGAACCUCUCCAGGCCCCUCAGCACCUCUGGAUCUUGGGAGAGUGCCUACAACCCAGCCCGGAUCCACGUGUGAAGUGUCCAAGUGUAGGCGGAUGGUCCAAAUAAUAAAAGCAUCCAUGAUUGGUAUCGGAUGGUCCAAAUAAUAAAAGCAUCCAUGAUUGGUA